GCGGCUGCGCAAAGCAUGCUGGGUCCGAUUGGCUGUUUUGAAGGCGAGGAUGGCGGGAACUGGUCCCUGGGCUGCGUGAGCCGGAGGAGAGGAGGUGUUCUCGCUCACUUGGAAAGACUAGAGUCUAAAUCCCGUAAGAAAUUUGAAGAGCCACAGGGAGCGGAGAGCGCUCUUGGAAGUAAGAUUCGUAAGCUGAGGAGUCUGCGAGACAAACUCAGGGCGGAAGUGCAACGACGACAAGCCAGAGUAGAAGCCAGUGUAGAACCUGACCAAACAUUUGAGGUCAGUGAGCAAGAAGUUUUGGAAACAAAGCUUGAAAAUGUGAAAUCCAUUCUGCAAGCGUAUCGUUUUACAGGGCUCAGUGGGAAGCUGACCAGCCGAGGAGUCUGUGUUUCCAUCGGCACUGCUUUUGAGGGGAACCUGCUGGAUUCCUACUUUGUGGAUAUUGUCAUACAGAAGCCACUUCAGAUACAUCACCAUUCGAUUCCAGUCUUCAUUCCCCUAGAGGAGAUCGCUGCAAAAUACCUACAGACCAACAUUCAGCACUUCCUGUUCAGUCUCUGCGAAUACCUAAAUGCUUACUCUGGAAGGAAGUAUCAAGCAGAUCAACUUCAGAAGGACUUUGCAGCCUUUCUGGCUGGGCCCUUGCAGAGAAACUCACUGUGCAACCUGCUAUCAUUUACUUACAAAGCGGAAUUAAGUGGCCAGUCCUUCCCAUUUUGUGCUAGACUGCUAUAUAAGGACAUCACAAGAACCCUCCCAACUGACGUCGCUGUUACUUAUCAAGGAAUGGAUGCGUUGUCCACCUCAUGGGAAGAGCAGCGAGCUUCCCAUGAAAACUUGUUCUGUACAAAGCCCCUGCAUCACGUGUUUGCUUCAUUUGCAAGAAGAGAAGAGAAGUUGGAUAUGAACCUGGUCUACUAGAAUAUUUUCAUCAAGAACACAUCAAAGGAAAUGGCGGGCCACAUGAUCGGGCAACAUGUUGGUGACCAGGGCCUCGUUCCAGCGUCGCAUCUCGUAGACACGUUCCUUCUGAUCGUGGACCUCGAUCUUCCACAAGAACAGCGUCCUUGCGAGUUUUUCCACCUGCAGACACAUGCACGGUGUGUUCGCUCUAAACCUGCCAUUUGAUGGGAGGUGAAAACUGGGAGGAAGAUGGCUACAUGGCAAGGGAAAGAAAAGACCCCAACAGCUGCAGCGAGGAUCCAGCCUCCGGUUAUAGCAGAGGUCAAAGGCCUCCGGACAUGUGGAGCCUCCAGGGACCUAACUAGCGACGGGAUCUCCUAGUGCUGGGAGGAGUCCCAUUCCCGGCCUGCCUACAAGUGGCUUAGGAAGGCUGUACUUCCCCUGGCCAACCACUGGGUGGUACUUGAGCUAACGGAGCAGUAAGUACCUUACAUGGCUUCUUUCCCGCCCGCUCUUUUCCCCCUUUAACCAAACA